AUGCCGACGCCGAGCCGCUUCCGCCCGACCGAGCUGCCGACUCCGAGGAAACGGAGGACCCGGCAACCCUCGCUGAGCCGGAGCUGCCCGCCGCGGACUAUCCGACCGACCCGAGUGAAGGCCGCCAUCUUGGACGCUUUUGACAUUACCCCCGAGACCUUUCGACGGUGGUUUUGGGGAAAGCGUUAUCCUCCAGGCGCCCGGCCCCGCGCCAUCGCCCAGGAACUACAGGACGCUGCCAGCAGGUGGCUCCAGCCGGAGCGUAGAACCGCGGCAGAAGUGAUAGAACAGAUCGUCAUUGAACAGUUCACGCACAUCCUCCCGACACCCGGGCGGGCAUGGGUGCUGCGGCACUGA